CGUAGCGCGUGGGGCUUAGAGGAGCCCUCGGGACAAACACAGCUGACUGCGCGCAUGCUAUCUCGGUGGGGACUUCAGCGCAGACCCUAACGCUAGGUUAUAGUCAUAUUGGCUUGGUGGAAAAUAUUUGCGGUGAAGAAACAGGCCGAAAACAGGGGAGGUGCCUGUACGGCUGUCAACAAAGGAGAAGAAAAAGAGGGGGAGUGUAGUCCAGAAGGACCGCUAUAACAACUAAUUCAUUGUCGCUCCAAACUGGUGGACAGACGGCUAAACUGCUCACUCAUUAGGCCAAAACACUCCUAAGCGUGGUGUUUUGAGGAGUUACAGGAGGUGACAUGGUGGACUACUAUAGCAUCUUGGGAGUGUCCAAAACAGCCACUCAGGAUGACAUCAAGAAAGCGUACCGGAAAUUGGCCUUAAAGUGGCAUCCUGACAAAAAUCCAGACAACAAGGAGGAAGCAGAGAAAAAGUUCAAAGAAGUCGCUGAGGCCUAUGAAGUCCUGUCUGACAAGAGCAAACGUGAUGCAUACGACAGAUAUGGAAAUGACAGAAUGCGACACACAGGUUCCUCCAGCUCAGACUUUACAGAAAUGCCAGGCUUCACCUUCACAUUCCGCAGCCCAGAUGAGGUGUUCAGAGAAUUCUUUGGUGGACAGGAUCCCUUUGCCAGCUUCUUCGAUGACUUCUCCUCGUUUGGAAGCUCAUCCUCUCGUCUCAGCCCGGGGCGAUUCUUCUCUUUUCCAUCAGGAGGAGUUGAAUUCUCCUCUUUCUCCACUACCUUGGGUGGUCUGGAUGGGAUGGACAGCAUGGGUGGAGGGAUGGGCAACUUUAGAUCAGUUUCUACUUCCACUCGCAUCAUAAAUGGAAAACGCACCACCACCAAGAAGAUAAAGGAGAAUGGGCAGGAAAGAAUAGAGAUCGAGGAGGAUGGUGUGUUGAAGAGUGUUCUAAUUAAUGGUGUGGAAGAUGAAAUGGCCCUUGCUCUGGAGCUGAGCCGACGAGAGGAGCAGGCCACUCCGAAGCCACGACUCCAGAACAAAACCGCUGAGUCAGACAGAUCCCGCCUGAGCCCUUACACUUCACCCACGCAUCGUUCAUUUAGCUCGGCCCCAUUCUACCACUACGGGGUUGCGGGAGGCAGUGAGGAUGAUGAGGAAGAUGAAGACCUACAGAUGGCUUUGGCAUGCAGCCUGUCAGAAAUGGAAGCCCAGCAGAGAGCUGCUGCUAACGACUACAUAUCAGACUCAGACUUCGAGGCCUUCACAACCUAACCUGAUUGGCUCACGCUGCUCUGUGCCCUUGCCCUGCCCUGAGGUCAAAGAUUAUAUCCCACGAUGCACUUUUCUAUCUCUGCCCACCAUGGCUCCUACCUGCUGAAUGACACUUAUAAGAUAUAUGUAUUUAAUAUGUAUGUGUCUCUGAGUGCAUGUGUGUACGUAGCUCAUUGUGGAACAAAAGACUGAAAACUCUACGGAGGUACAGUAGUUAUAAUCAUCUCUUCAUCAAAUGAUCAUGUUUCUAAUAAAUAUGAAAACUGCACAAAGCAAAAAGAAAGUUCUUGUAAAACACAUGAAGCAGAGAAAAUGAAGAUUUUCCUGCUGAUUUUUUUUUCACAGUUUGUGGUAGCGUCUUUGUGACAAGAUUAAGGCUGUCUAACAUUUAAGAUAAAACCAUAAAGUUGAGGUAAAAAAUUGUAAUACGUUUAUCUUUAACUGUUUUGGAGAGUUAAAAAGCAAAUGUGUGAAGCAUUGAUAAAAUGCUGUGUCUCUUCGUGUUUGUUGUUAUAAGAUAAAAAAAAACCUUUAACCCAUAGAAGAUAUAUAAAAUUUAGAUGUAGCUUAGGGCCAAAAAAGUGAAGUGCAACACAACCUGCAUUCUUUAUAAUUGCCAGGAGGGAGUGACACCUCUGGUUUAAUAGAAAAAUGUCCAAUUGUAUUGAUGUCUUUGAGAAAAUGACCAUACUGCUCCUAUAAUUUGCGACCAUAGUAAGACCUUUUCUGAUGAUCUGAAUUGCUAGUUUCAAGUGUUAAUGUUCAUUUUGUAGAUUAUGGUGUCUGUUGAUGUUAAAAAAGGGAUAAAGCAGGCUGCUAUACUGUAGGGUGGUAGGGUGGGCCCUUGGUUUCUCACUCAGAUCACUCUAGCUCAUCACAUCUUGUUUCCAAAAGCCAAGUUAGUGAGUCAAGAUGCU